CCGUGCCUCUGGCCCUGAUUAAACGCUGGAAUGUUUGGAUAUGCUCGUCAUAUCCGUCAUAUGCUCUUUCAGGAAGUUAUCAAUUGAACACAUUACACACAUACUUUAUUUCCCCGCGGCAUGUGUCUGGUUCACAUACUCUCUGCUGCCGAAGAUUAUUCCCAUAACUAAUAAUCAGAAUGGGACUAUCAAUGACAGAGUCCUGCACUCUGAAGCGAAGCUGAGUGUGUGUCAGGCUGAAGUUUGGCGAGAUGCGGCUCUACGGUCUCCUGCUACUCUCUCUUUCCUUCUGGACGUCUCAUGCAGUGUUCAAAAUACCUUUAAAGAUAUUUGCUGGGAACUUCAACGCGUCUGCACAGCUGGACCUCCGGCCUCUGAGACGGGAUGAAGGCGCCGCGGAGAGCGGACUGUCCCUGGCUUCAGAUCCGGCCGGGAUUGUCAACUUUCUGGACAUGAUCGAUAAUUUAAAAGGAGACUCUGGCAGGGGGUAUUACAUGCAGAUGGUCAUUGGGACUCCUGGACAAACGCUGAACAUCCUGGUUGAUACUGGAAGCAGCAACUUUGCUGUAGCUGCAGCAGCACAUCCUUACAUCACACACUACUAUAACAGAGCACUUUCUAGUACAUAUCAGAGCACUGGGAGAGCAGUUGCAGUAAAAUACACACAGGGAGAAUGGGACGGAGAACUGGGAACUGACCACAUCACCAUUCCUCAAGGGCCCAGUGGUACCAUCACCAUCAACAUAGCUGCAAUCCUCACCUCAGAAGGCUUCUUCCUGCCUGGAAUCAAUUGGCAGGGAAUUCUUGGACUUGCAUAUCCUCUACUGGCUCGGCCCGACCCAUCCGUGGAGCCCUUCUUCAACUCUGUUGUGCGGCAGACUGGCAUUCCAGAUGUGUUUUCUCUCCAGAUGUGUGGAGCAGGGGUCUCUGCCAGCACUACAGCUGACCCAGCAGGUGGAAGCCUGAUCAUGGGAGGAGUGGAGCCAACCUUGUACCAGGGUUCAGUCUGGUACACACCAGUCCUGGAAGAGUGGUACUAUCAAGUGGAAGUCUUGAAGCUUGAAGUUGGAGACCAAAAUUUAAACCUAGAUUGCAAAGAGUACAACUCGGAUAAAGCCAUUGUGGAUAGCGGGACGACUCUACUGCGACUUCCCGGAAAUGUGUUUAGUGCUGUGAUGGAGGCUAUUAUGCAAACAUCAUUGAUUGAGGAUUUCUCAGCUGGAUUUUUUGACGGCACUAAGCUUGCAUGUUGGAUGAGAGGAGAAUCACCAUUGAGGCUUUUUCCGAAACUCUCAAUCUACCUCAGAGCAACGAACACCAGCCAGUCCUUCCGCAUCACCAUCCUCCCACAGCUGUACGUCCAGCCGGUCACAGAUAUCGACGGCACAUUGGACUGUUUCCGUUUCGGAAUCUCCCCUUCAGCCAACGGAUUAGUCAUUGGAGCCACUGUGAUGGAGGGCUUCUACGUCAUCUUUGACCGCGCACAAAAGAGGGUGGGCUUUGCUGUUAGCACAUGUGCAGAAAACGGCGGUGUACCAUUUGCAGAGAUCGCAGGGCCUUUCCCAGCUGAGGGCGUAACGUCAGACUGCACAAGCGGCGUGUCUCUUAGGGAGCCUAUGAUGUGGGUGAUCGCAUACGGUCUGAUGGGCAUAUGUGCGGUGGUUCUGAUCAUACUCCUCGUCCUGCUCGUCCUGCCCUGCCGAUGCCACAGAGACGGCGAGAUCACGGACGAGUCCUCGCUGGUGCGGCAUCGCAUCAAGUGACGUCAGGCGUUGAUGGAAGACGAGGAGACACCAACUCAGCAAAGCAGGGCUGAAGGGAACUCGGGGCAGGUAACGGGGGUGAACACGCUGCACUGACAUUUGCCCAAGAUCACAGAUUCCCGUUUGUCUGGGUGGAAGAUUUGAACAUUUCUUGACACUUGUGGACAUUUACGGUAGAUUGAACUUUUCAAGCAGGACAAAACUACUGAAGGAUGAAGGAAUCAUGAUUAUUAAUGUGACUUUUAUGGUAUUAUUAUAAACAAAAGUGCCAAAAUGAGUAUCAAGAAAGAUUGGAGAAAUCAGCAUUACCCUAUACUUCACUUUAAAGUAUGCUGCUCUUUUUUUAUUCUUAGUCUUCAAUAUAAUUGUGUCAGUUAAGCUACUGUAAAUCAGCAAUGGUCUAAAUGAGGUUCAAGUACUGUUCACAUCUACAGGCUUUCUUGUCCUUUUAGAUGCAGUACUUUGAAAGGAACAAUUCACCCAAAAAUAUACUCACUUUUAUGUUGAUUCAAACGUGUAUAAUGCAGAUGUUCGGCAGGACGUUAUGCUGCUCUUUUACGUAUAAUGACAGUAAGUGGGGAGGGAUGCAGUUGAGGUCAAAAAUGAAAACCCAUGCUAUUGUAAUGGCUUCAGAAGACUUGUUAUGCAGCACACAAGCUGUAUGGACUGUUUAUAAUCUUUUUGUGAGGUAGUCGUGGCCUGUAUUCAGGAGCUUUCACAGAAAACGAACCACACACAAUUAAAUAAUAAACCUGGUUUCACUUUCACUGGGCAGAGACCGCAGGAGAGUUCAGCGUGCCGCCAUUAAAGGUCACUCAGAAUGUAUGUCACAUAAAUAUAUAAAUUUCUUCUUCAUGUCUGUGUGAUUGGUAGAACGACGUCAUUCUCAUACCAGCAGAGCAGAUUAUAAUAAAGAUUUAAAACGGGGAAACUCUUCUCUAAUUUGAGGGUUGUGCCUUUCUUGUGUAAAAACUACCCUUGAUUAAAAAUGAUCUUUUGCCCUAGUUAAGCUGUGACCCCUGAGGGUCAUGGGAUUGGGUUUAUUUAAAAUUUAAUUGUGUUAUUAAUUCCCCUAGAUUGAAGAUUUCUUUCAUUUCUGAUCAGGAUAUUUAAGAAAGACUGGCAAAAGAGGACAAAACUGUGUUUUACAUGCUGUGUUUUUGUGGUCUGGUAUGCUUCUUUGAAUUUUAUGCUCUGUGUAAUUGAUUUUGGAUUGAUAUUUUGUUUUCUGAUUCUUUAAUUGACAUGUGCAGUCCUGCCUGGUAAAUAAAUUGUUAGAAUGGAA